AUGAAAGGAUUAAACGCUUCUAAAUUUCUUUUGAUCUUCACUUUUUAUUGCGUUUUGGAUAUUUCUUUCGCAAAACGAGUCAUCGUUUUCGAUUCGGUGUCAUGUUUGAGUUCUAAUAAAAGUAUGGUGUUUUUUGAAUGUUAUGUGAAACCAAUUACGGGUGAUAUCGCAACAUUAAAUUUUGUAAUACAUUUUCUUAAAACGGUUUCUGAUGCUUUUUUUGCAUAUGAUGUGACUUUGAAAACAGGAAAUAGAGGAUUUCGUUCAGUAGUUAAUGGCAAGGAUAUUGACUUGUGCAAGCUUCUUGAUGGGUCAAAGAAAAGCAGUGUACUAAAUUACGGCUUGAAUUUGGUUCGAAGACACUUUCCGGAAGGAUCUUUACACCCGUGUCCAUAUACGCUUCAAUAUGAUGUUACUUUGAAAGUAGGAAAUAGAGGAUUUCGUUCAUUUGUAAAUGGCAAGGAUAUUGACAUAUGCAAGUUUCUCGAUGGGUCAAAGACAAGCAGUGUAAUGAAAUACGCUCUAAAUUUGGUAGGUAAAUAUUUUCCGAAAGAAGCUUUACACCCGUGUCCAUUUUUGCCUGGCUCGAUGGAAUUUAAAAAUAUUUUAUCAGGCUCUCCAGAAACAAAGAUGACAAUUUUUCCGCCAGCAACUUAUAUGAUUAAAUUAAAAUACUACAAUAAGGAAGAUGACAACAUAGGAUCACUUAAUGUGACAUGUACAUCAAAGAAUGUUUAA